UGCCUUCAGGACGUGAGCGCAGGGACCCAGAGAAAUGCAUCUGAAAUCAGAGAAGAAUCCAGGCAGCCGGGGAACGCAGGUGGGAGCCUGGGAGUCGCUUUAUGGCCCGUGAAGGUCACCCUGGAGAGCCCCGCGCACACACCUGUACCUGGGGCCGCUGGGGCAUGGGGACAGGGAGCUGUGAGCUGGAAAACACUGGGGCAGGUCGGAGUCGGGCCACUUCCCCGGUCCCUCCUGCUGCGCUCAGUGCCCGGGUGAAACAAAGAAAAUUGUGUCUGCCAGGCUGGCGAGCCGGAGUCACAAGAUUGCGCGUGUCAUGCAGCACCCUGGGACUCCUGCAGGGACCCGUCCGCUCGGGUCCGCCGCCCGCCACGCGGAAACCGCCGGGCGCCGGACCUUCCAGAUCAAAGCCUUCAGCACGGAGUUGAAAAACCAUGUGAUGGCCAUGGAUUUCGUGAAGAGCCACUGGUUUCCCUCCCAGAGAAGAGCCGAAGUGUGUAUCCUCCGUCUGUACCGCGGCCUGAAGCCGGCCGAGAGGAGCGCCAGCAGCUACGAGGAGACGCUGACAUCACAAAACACGGAAAUGAUUUCGUCCUUAGUCAUUUCGCAGCUGCUCGAUGAGAACAAGCCCCCGGAGAAGGGGGCCGCGGUGCCCGCGCUGUGCGCCGACCCUCAGCCGCCCACGUGGCCCGGGAAGCGCGCUCUGGCCAGUCGCAGCGGGGUCACCAUCAACAGGGCCUUCGCGUUCCUUCCCGGCCAGCUAGGCCCUCAGCCACCGGCCGGGGUGCAAGGACCGGAGCCUGCGCUCACCCCCAAAGAGGAGAAGCAGCCGGGCGGCAGCCCCCAGAAGGGGUUUGCAUCCAUCACCAUCACGGCCCGGCGUGUGGGCCCCCCAGCCAGGGCCCUGGUGUGGGGCACCGGGGGGGACCCGCUGUGCAGCCGGUGCCGGGCCCAGGACCCUCAGCUCAGGGGCUGCCCUGCUCUGGCCAGCGGCGCUGACCCAGGUCGGCACCACGGACCUCUCGCCUGCACGGAACCCUCCGGAAGCAGCCCUGUGAUGCGGCUGGGGUUCCCGGAGGCCCACGCACGGCUGUGUGACGGACACCAGUACUGGGUGGCCAGCGUGGACCGCGGGGAGGACCGGUUCUCCCCAGGCCGCCCGCGGUCGGGGCAGGGCCCGCUGCUGUUCAGCUCCUGUGUGCACCUCAGGGUGUCUCGGCGGUGCCCCAACGCCACCUGCUCUCCGGAGAGGUCCCCCUCCGUCCCCGUGGAGCCAACUCAGCGGGCCGGCCCCCAAACGCACAGGGCCGUCCUGUCCCUCAACCUAAACUGCAGUUCUCACCGGCUGACACCAGAUGGGGCAGACGGCCCGGCCACCGGAGGGCCAAUCAGCAGCAGCCUGAAGCCGCAGCUGGCAGAGGGCUCCGGCCUCCAGGGCCCGCGCUGGGCCCCCGCCCUGCACCCCUCCUUGGGGCAGGUGCAAUUGGGGGCUGGCACAUGCCCUUGGAGUGGCCCCCCUCCGGCGGAAAGCACAGAACUCACAGAUGCGGGGACUCGGCAGAUCACGGCGAGGAAAGGGAUGGGGGACCACGGGACACCUCGUCACACGGGCGGCCACACCAGUGCUCACGCCAACCAGCUGUCCAUCCACAUUCCCGGCUGGAGCUACCGGGCAGGAGACGUCACCUGCUGCGACCUGGUGCUGCAGCUGAAGGAGUGCCAGACGCGGGAGGCCGCCGCCAUCCCCGGGCCUGCGCUCAGGCCCACGCCCACGCCCACGCGCACGCCCACGCCGCCUGAACCCGCGCCCACCGAGGAGCUGGAGACUCCUGACCUGCGGGAGGGCUGCUCCGAGUGCCAGCAACCACCAGCCAGCCCCUCCUUGACCUUGCAGGAAGCACUGGAGGCCCGGAGGCCGCAGUUCAUCUCUCGCUCGCAAGAGCGGCUGAGGAAGCUGGAGCUCAUGGCGCAGCAGAGGCGGGCACAGCGCCAGGAGAGCCCGGGGCCGAAGCCGGGCCCCCUUCCCGUCCGCGCCAGCAGGAGGCAGUUCACCGUCCCCCAUCCACUUAGUGAUAACUUGUUCAAACCCAAAGAAAGGUGCAUUUCGGAGAAGGAGAUGCACAUGCGAUCCAAGAGAAUCUACAACAACUUGCCGGAAGUCAGAAAGAAAAAAGAAGAACAGAAGAAAAGGGUGAUCUUACAGAGUAACAGACUCCGAGCAGAAGUCUUCAAAAAGCAAUUACUGGACCAGCUCCUGCAGCGGAACGCCGUCUAACCCAGGCGGCCUGCCGGCCCCUGCCCGGGCCUGGAUGGCUCCAGUGCUGGACACACCAUUAAACGGCCCAUCUUCACGGCGGCAAGCACUGAUUUUUACUUUGGAUGAUUUUUUUAUUUUUUGCAUAAAGGAAAGCCCAGCUUCCCGAACUGCUGGCCCACACAGGCAGGACCAAUGACGCUUGAGGACGGGGCUCCGCAGACGGGGGGGCGAUCAAGUCACUACCCCGCCAGACCCCUUCUCCUUGUAUUUCCGAGUUUUCCCUUUUGCUUCUGACCCCCACCCUCUUCCCAUGCCCAUUCCCACCCGGCAGAAAGGCCUCGCUCACUCCUGGGGGCUCAGAUCCCAGGGGUUCUAUUUUUUUAAUCAAAUUUCCAAAUGCAUCACUUUUUACAAACCAGCCCCAGAUUCCGCCAGCUGUGCCAGCCCUCGCCAGGUCACCGUGUGGGGCCUCAGGGCCUCUGGACGCGGCGCCGAGUGCUGGAGGCAGCUCCGGAUAAGUGGGGGCUGUGCCAGGGGGCCGGGACUCAGCCCAUGACCUGGGACUCAGCCCUCGCUGCCCCCGCCCCACCCCGCACCUUCCCCGCAGCCAGAGCCUGUGUCCAUGGCUGCUGCCGGGCAGCUCACGGGAGGAAGCGCAGGGACCUCCGUGUCCUCGCAGCCGCGCCCCUGGGACAGCCGAUGGCUGGACGCGGCGGGCUCCCCGGCUGCCACACGCUCUUCCAACAUUUACGUUUGUCAUUUAUCCACGUGUGUUUGGGGAAUUAAGAACCAACUAGUUUUUAUCGAAAGUGGAAAUAAAAUAAAUGCAGUUAUUACAAAAAGUCAA